AUGUGGGGCGGGCAGGCGUGGAACUUCACCACUUCAUCAUCACUUAACGAACACAACACAGCAAGUUGGGGGUGUGUGUGUGUGUAUGUCACGUUGAUCUCCCAUUUGACAACACCUGCUUAUAAUUGCGCCCCAACAAUAGAAGGAAGAUGGGGGACGGGGAGAGAGGACAAGAAGCGUGGACAGGGGACGGGGACGGGGAAAGGGGAAAGCGUGGGCGCCGGACCUCAUCACUCACCGAACGAAACACAGCAACUUGAAGGUCGCUAUUGUCCGCCGAUUUGUGAGAGUGUGGUACUACCCCGGUCGAGCGUGCCCAUACUACAGCUGAGACAACUGUGCUCUACCACUGGAGGAAGAAGGCUUAUAAAAGUCGAAGACAGUGAAUAUUAUGGAGUUAGGAAGAAGAGUAAAGUGGUAGCAAUUGCCUUAGUACUUAGUAGUAUCACAGCUGGGAUGACUGAAGUAAUAAGAUGA